AUGUGGACCGUAGACGAAAAAUGGAUUCUCCAUUACACACCCGAAACAAAACAACGAUCAAAGCAAUGGACUUCGUCUGGUGAACCGACCCUGAAGAAAGCCAAGUCAGUUCCAUCGGCUGGGAAGGUCAUGACCACCAUUUUUUGGGAUUCUAAAGGCAUCAUCCACAUCGACUACUUAGAAAAGGGAAAAAUAAUUACGGGAAAAUACUACGGCGACUUGCUGGGCCGUUUCGACAAAGAAUUGGAAAGGAAAAACGCCCUCAUUUGGCCAAGAAAAAAGUGUCGUUCCAUCACGACAGCGCACCGUCCCAUUCAUCCGCAAUUGCCCACUGCAAAAUUGAUCGAAUUACGAUACGAAUUGCUAUCUCAUCCACUAUACUCUCCAGAUUUGGCCCCGUGCGACUUUUUGUUCCUAAACCCGAAGAUUUGGCUUGGAGGAAAGAAAUUCGCGUCGAAUGAAGUUAUCGCCGCCACGAAUGUCUAUUUUGCAGAGUUUCAGCCAUCGUACUUUUUGGACGGCUUGAAAAAAUGGGAGCACCGCUGGACUAAAUGUAUAUCGAAAUAA